CUGCCCAAACUUGAGACGACGGAGUAUUGAGCCGAGACAUUAUUAAUCGUUGGAAAAUAACAUCAGCAACAUUGUUAUUGAUAAAGCUGUGGAAAUACAGAGCAUAACGUGCCGAUGCUCUUGUUGCAGACAUUCUUCAAAUUUGCACACGGUUCUCAGUCACAAGGCUUCAAAUAACAGCGCUUGAACAUUGUACUGGAUGUAGUAGCCUACCGAGGAUGCUCGACUGCCAGCAUUAACAGCACUUGUUGCGAACACUAAGUAUUUUAGGUUAUAACAACUUCCUGAUAUCUUAACAUUUUUGCGGCUUUGCGACAUCCCGAACUGUCAGAAAAAUUACCAAACCAUAGCAAUUGCGCGUGCGCUUGAAUUGAAAUCAUGUUUAGGAAAAAAGAUCCAGAAAAAAUCCAUUUGGUCACUGACAAAGCAACCACGUAUAUGGGAAGGAAGUCUCAAAAUGAAGUCAAGGAGAAGAAUGGGACCAUCACACAUUGCCACGACAACAGCCGGGCACAGGAGGACCGAGAACGUGAGAGAAAAGUCGCUAGGAAGCGACUCUACAUCGUUUCAGUUGUUUGUCUGGUCUUCAUGAUCGGUGAAAUCCUGGGAGGAUACUUUGCUGGGAGUCUGGCAGUGAUGACGGACGCUGCUCACCUGCUUGUGGACUUCAUGAGCUUCAUCAUUAGCCUGGUGUCCCUGUGGCUCUCCUCCAGACCGGCUACGCACAGACUGAGCUAUGGCUGGCACCGGGCCGAGAUCCUGGGGGCCCUUCUUUCUGUGUGCACCAUCUGGUUGGUGACUGGCAUCCUGGUGUAUCUGGCAGUGGAGCGCUUGAUAAGUGACGACUACACCAUUGAGGGGACACUCAUGCUCAUCACUUCAGGCUGUGCAGUGCUGGCCAACAUCAUCAUGGCACUUACCCUGCACCAGUCAGGGCACGGCCACAGUCACGGUGGCCUGAGCUCUGGACACGGCCACAGCCACGGCCAUAGCCACGAGAAAGGAAGGGACCAGAAAGCCGAGAAUGGCCACGCGCAUUCCCACGGACAGGGCUCCGCGGACCACCAGGAUGUGGAGGAGGGCCAGGGGGUGGCGAGACGACCUCAGGCCAACGCCAGCGUGAGAGCAGCGUUUGUGCACGUGGUGGGAGACCUCCUCCAGAGCAUCAGCGUGCUAGUCAGCGCGCUGAUCAUCUUCUUUAAGCCCGAAUACAAGAUGGCUGACCCCAUCUGCACUUUCCUGUUUUCCAUUUUUGUGCUCGGCACGACCAUCACUAUCAUGAGGGACAUCCUUGUGGUGCUCAUGGAAGGCACACCUUUAGGGGUGAAGUACGGCGAGGUGAGGGAUGUCAUCCUGUCUGUGAAGGGGGUCCAGGCAGUUCACAACCUCCACAUCUGGGCUCUGACCAUGAACCAGGGAGUGCUGUCCGCACAUGUGGCCAUAGAUGAUGCUUUGGAUCCACAGCCUGUUUUGAGGGAGCUCACUCAACUGCUGUUCGACACGUACAGCUUUCACUCGGUUACUAUUCAAGUUGAGCCCCAAGCUGAUCAGAAGCCUGACUGCACGCUGUGCGAAGAUCCAAAAUAGACUCCCCAAGGGCAGUCUUGUGACUACCUCUCCAGGUCACCCAAAAGCAGCAAAGGAAAGUUGGGAGAAUCAGGAUUGCAAAUCCUAAUGUCUGUGUUAGUGGCUUAAUCUAAAUUUGUGUGCCUGACCAGCUUUUGGUGGACCUUUGGACAUCUAUGUUCUGUUGGUGUUAGGCUGCAGGGUCACAAAACAAAAAUACAAACAAACAUUAGCUUGUCUCUUGAUUAUCCCAUAUUUGGGGUUUAGAUAGCCUGCCUUAUUAAGUUUGAUGGGUAGACUGUGUAUUUUUUAAGAGUAUGCAUUCAGUAUGGUUUAGAUGUUUUGUUUCAGUGUGUUUUUAUGAUUUAUUCAGCAGAAUUGCAUCUCUGUCCAAGUUGGAGAGCAGCUUUAAUGUUAUUUUAAACUGAACAACAGAACCAAAAGGGUUUGUGAGCGAGACAAAAUACCACAUUUUAUUUUUACACGUGACAGUCAGUUCUCAAACAGCUGUCAGGUCAACUGAAGAAAGAAGUUAUGUACUGUACCUACAGUAUAUGUGCUUGACACUGCAAACUUGUAUCUGUAAAAUCUGUAAAAUCUGUAUUUGUAUUUCUGUGACUAGUAAGAGACUGUAGAUCUGUAGACUUUUUGAUCAUGUGUCUUGUGGGAAUAAAAAGACCACGGUCAUGUGUACUGUA